AUGAACUCCCUCAACCUGAUCUCAUCCCGAGUCAUCGGACAAACUCAACCCCCCCCGCGUCCGCGAUCGCACUCGCAGGGAGAGUCGUUACAGAAGGAUUAUGACGGAGAACUCCUGACCGGGCGAUCGUACAGCGACGAUCUUACACGGAAAGAAAUAGACGGACCACUUCUGGAGCAACGUACAUCCGAAGCUGCAAUAGAUGAUGGCGAUCAGCCCAUUGAAGACGGGGAGGAAGAUGAGAAACAUCCGUUGCUGGAGGUCGAUGAGAAGAAAGACAGAAUAUCAGACAGUGAGGGGUUGCGAAGUUUUGUGAAACGGCUUGCAGAUGCCAUCACAGCUAUACUGGCAGCUAUCGGGGCUCCAGUGGUGUAUGUUGCAAAAUACUUCAGCAGUCAGGAUGGGAAACUCGCCACGGUGCCGCGAUGGCCACGGCCCCCCCGGUUUGCACAUAGCCGCCCUGCGGAUGUCGUGGGUCUUGCACCUGCUGCCCACGAAAGAAGAUGGGAUUCUGAGAAGCUGCCGAAUCGCGUCCUUCAAGAGACCAAGUUGCGGCAUUCCUAUUCGAGCGACUCGACGACGGACUCUGAAUCGGACCCACGCAAGGGAGAGCUGGCUCUGAAAAAGGCCAGGUCGAAAGCUGGAAAAGGAUCUCGUGACGAGUCGGAGACGCGAAGAUCGUCCAUACGCAUCAAAGAGCAAAAUGACGUGGCUUCCAGGAGGCGCAAGCAGAAAAAGACGGCCAGUCCGCUCGGUGACGGCGCCCCUUUGACGGUGGACAAUAUCAAGUCGCCGACAUCUCCUUCACCGUCAUUGAGAAUCACGAGAUAUCCGCAUGCGCCCCAGCCGCCGCGACCUCUCAUUCCCAGGCGCCAACCUUCGUACGCCAACCUUAGUCCGCGGUCGCCCAGUCGCGGCGGCCCCUCGCUCCAGCAAAAGACGCUGAUAUUAGACCUCGAUGAGACUCUGAUACAUUCACUGGCGAAGGGAGGCCGAAUGUCCUCUGGGCACAUGGUCGAAGUCAAGUUGAACACCCCUGUCGCUCUGUCGCCGCCACAGCCUGGACAGGCCGCUCCAAUGCUGGGCCCGCACCAUCCAAUCCUUUACUACGUCCACAAGCGGCCGCAUUGCGACGAGUUCUUGCGUAAGGUGUCGAAAUGGUAUAAACUGGUGGUGUUCACAGCAUCAGUCCAAGAAUAUGCAGAUCCUGUGAUUGAUUGGCUGGAACAAGAGCGCAAGUACUUUGUGGGCCGAUAUUACCGGCAGCAUUGCACGUUUCGCAAUGGAGCAUACAUCAAAGACCUCAGCAGCAUUGAGCCUGAUUUGAGCAAGGUAAUCAUUCUUGACAACAGCCCUGUGAGCUAUAUUUUCCAUGAAGACAAUGCCAUCCCGAUCGAAGGAUGGAUCAACGACCCGACAGACAACGAUCUGCUUCAUUUGAUACCCAUGUUAGAGGCACUGCAGUACGUGACAGACGUAAGGGCGUUGUUGGCCCUCCGCAGAGGUGAGGCAGAGGCUGCCUCGUAG